AUGAUUUUCAUGAUGCUGCUGCUGCUGCUGUUGCUUGGGGUGGUGGUGAUGAUCGAGGGUUGGCAUGGCGUCAUCGUAAUGUAUUGUGGGCUCUGCGUCCUGUCUUUUGCCGUGAUUUCCGUCUCUUGCUUCAGCAAGUGGUAUCAGCAGGUGUUCAAGACCUUGGGCAUCAAGACAGCGCUGAAGCUUGAGGUGUCUCUUCUCACUGCCCAUGUUCCUGCCGAGUCGAUCAUGUUCUGCAAGACUAUCCGGAAGAUCAAGAAGAAAGUCCCCAGAAGUUGCGACACCCUGAAGGAGCCACAGCCUUUGCAGGAUGUGGCAGCGGACUGGUGUGCGCCUGGCAUCCAACAGGCCUGGCCAGUGCCCUGCCAGGCCUUCAACAUGGCUUAUUUGCUCGGCAUGGUGGUGAUCAUGUGCUACCUCCUCGACGUUAUGCUCAUUCUCGCAAGCUUCUUUCUUCUGUACUACUACGUCUCGAGUGAGAGCCACAAGCCCAUCUACAGGUACUGGGCUGCAGUCCUCCAUGCCAUCGGAACUGGUCUCUUUGCCACCGCCUGUGUGAUAUAUACCGUUUUCGGUAUGGGCCGCCUGAAUUCUAUAGGUGGUUCGGGCAUCCGUGGCCUCUUCGAAGCCGCCACAUCGAUAGGGAUGACUCCCGGAUACUUCGCCGUUUGGUUCGGCAUCUUCUGCCAGCUUGCUGCACUGGGCCUCCACACGGCCAUGCAGGUGCGCGGCGAGGAGUCGGAGGAUCAAAAGUUCUACAAGGAGUUACUCAAAGAGCAGCAGCAGUAUGGAGCCGUGGAGGAGCAGAUGCAGGGACAGAGCGUCUCCUCAGCGCACCGCUUCUCCGGCAAUGUGAUGAGCUUCGCACAGACGGACCCUGGCCAUCCAGCUCCGCCGGCCCCAAGUUCUGUCCUGGCUGUGGGGCAGGCUACCGCCCCAAUGCCAAGCCUCCCGAGUCCUAGCAAAGAAGGUCCAGAACAGCCUGUGCCUGGGACGCCUGCAUGGUAG